AAUCUUGUCUUCGCUUGCCUCUCUGGUUUUCGCUCUUCGCUUCGAGUUGUCUAUGAGCGGGUAUCGAUCUCACUGCAUGGUUUUCCCUUGCUAAUUUGCACCGCCGGCACGUUCCGGUUGGAGGUCGAUGGGGUACAGAUCGACCUGCGUCGGAUUAUUAAUUUUACCUCGUCAUGACUUCAAUGGCUGGCUCAUCUCUUCUUGUGUUUGACCAUUUUGUAAUAGAUGAUGACCCCCAUCUUUGUUGCUUUGGUCGAUUCUCUCUCUGCUGGUCUAUCCACAGUUAACGCUUGUCAUCUGAUUUCUGCAGUCAAAAAGAAUCCCAAGGGGCCUGUUGAGUCUCGAAACCAUUUAAACAGAAAGCCAAGGAGAAUACAGUUACGCUAGAUCCAAUUCGAUCAUUGGACGAAAAUAAGUCAUUGCACGCACUAUGCAGCAAGAGGAUAACCGAACAGUUGAGGACCUCUUCUCAAACAUAGAUACUAGUCCCAAUGUGGUCGACAUUGCCGACGAUGACGACGAGGAUGCUCUUGAGGUUGAUAGUGCGGAAUGGGAAAUGGACUCGGCGGUAGGGGGUAUGAGCUUCGUGUCAUCCACGCAAAGUCUGAGUUCAAGUCUAUACGAGCACGUUGUAGAAAACGGUCGGACUUAUCACAAGUUCAAAGAGGGCAAAUACCCGCUGCCUAACGACGAGCCAGAGCAAGAUCGUCUUGACUUCCAGCAUCAGGUUUACAAACUGUCUUUAGAGGGCAAACUCUACCAAGCUCCAGUAGAAAAUCCACGCAACGUACUGGACGUAGCAACAGGGACAGGAAUAUGGGCCAUCGAGUUUGCUCAAGAAAACCCCGGCUCCAACGUCGUGGGCACUGACCUCUCGCCCAUCCAACCCACAUACGUCCCACCGAAUUGCUCCUUCCAGAUCUGCGAUGCCGAGGACGAGUGGGACUUUUCGGUCCCCUUUGACUUUAUCCACAUGCGCGCCGUCGUGACGUGCUUCCGUUCCCCACGCGCCGUCAUGGAGUCGGCCAUGUCCAGCCUCGCGCCCGGCGGCUGGCUGCAGAUGCGCGACCCCAUCAUGCCCUUCAAGUUCCUGACGCCGCCGCCCGAGGGCUGCGCCUUGGCGCGCUGGAACGACCUCGCGAUGGAGGCGAGCGGCCGCAUCGGGCGGCGCUGGGACAAUGCGGUCCACUACGCCCAGUGGAUGCGCGAGCUCGGGUUCGCGGACGUCGUCGAGAUCAAGGAGCAGCUCCCCCUCAACCCCUGGGCCAAAGGUCGUCGGGUCAAGUACCUGAGCCUGUGGCUGCAGCACGACAUGCUGCAGGGGAUCGAGGCCAUCAGCAUGGCGCUAUUUACGAGGGUUUUGGGCUGGGAUGUUGAUGAUCUCAAGGUCUUUCUCGAGGAUGUGAAGCGGGACAUGAAGGAUACAAGUAUCCAUUCUUAUUCUGAGGGUGUUUUGGUCUACGGGAGAAAACCACUAGGCUAAGAUGCAACUUGUUUCUUUCUGGCGUCUCUGGGCUUUUUCGCGACAAAAGAAUUCGGAUCUUUCGAAAUGAUACCAACGGCAUUCGAUCCACAUAUUGGGGGCAGCCCUCAACUGAUUUCCGCACCAUCAGCAGGCUGAAUGUGCCCUGCCAAUUCGCUCUCCGCCCACCCCAUGGUCAUGGUGGCCCAAAGGUCAUGAGCCGGCUGGAACUCUGCCCCGUCCAUACCGCUGUCUAGAUCAAUGUCACCAAACGCCUCUGCAAACCCGCCAGUCGCAUUGACUGGGGCAACACUUGCCCCAAAGCUUGUCUGAUCGGUGAAGGCCUCGUCCCACACCGGGAUGUAGUUAUCCAACGAACCAUCAAACAUUGGGCAACCCCUGGUCGAUUUGUCGUGCGGUAUUUUUGGGUGAGCAUCUCCGCUGCCACCGCCACUGCCGAACAGAGACCAUAUCCCCGUCGCAAUGGAAGACUGUUGCUGCUGCCGCUGCCGCUGCACGGCCGCCAUCCUCUUGUCGAACUUUGCUUUGACGACGCCAAAAACGACACGACUUGCCCCGACGAUGGUCAUGUCGUCAUCCUCAACAGUCCCGUCGCCGCGAGACUUGUCGUCCACCCGCAUCUGCGCCUUGUCGGUGAGCCGAUCCAACAGCGAGCCGAGGUCUAUCUGCGACCGCGCCAGUGUGGCGUCCCAGCUAGGGCAGGUGGGCAUGUCAAAGGAGAAGGUAAAGGCGACGAUGGAGAGCAGGACGAAGCGGCCCCAUUCGACGUUGCAGAUGUUGGUGAGCUGCCGGCCGCCGAGCAGCGUCUCGCCCAUGAAGGACAGCGCGGCGGCCAUGUGCGGGAGCGCAAGCUGCAUGCGCGACGCGUCCUGGAAAGGGUCCACGCGCGGCGACCGCGUCAUGUUGGAGGUCUUCCAGAGGUGUGGGGUCAGGAGCUGGAUCUGCGUCGUGAGGGUGGUGAAUCUCAUGACGACUUGUCAGUUUUUGGGGAUAUGGGUUAGCUUUUUUUUAUGUCAUAAAUGAAGAGUAAUUGUGAGACAGAAAAAAGGAGAUCAAACGCGGCAGCUACGUACGGGUGUUGGCGACCUCCUCCGGCAUGCGCGCGCCGUACUCUGCAAACUGCAUGUCCAACCCCCUCAGCAUGGUGGCGGCCUGGUACGGGGAGCGCAGGCCCUUCUCUUCGUCCUUGGCCAGGCCGACGACCUCGAGCAUGAGGUGCUGGUGACGCAGGAGCCAGGGGAGGAUGCGGUCGCCGGGCGUGAGGGCCUCGCGCUCCAGCAUGUCGCAGCAGGUAGCCGUCCAGGCGGUGUAUGGGAGGUUCAAGGGGCGACUGUACAUGUGGGUUCGUCUUUAUUUCAUGAUUCCGUUGUUAGUUUUAGUUUUGUAGACCCCCCACCGCGGACGAUGAGAAGUCGUUUUUUUUGUGGGUGCAUCAGUUGGGAGGUUUGGUGAUGUUAGGAAGCUCCAGAGCAAAAAAAAAGAAACACGGGGAAAAGCUUACGCCAGAACUAUAUAGCAGCAUGCAACGUAUGCGCGGAUGCCCUCGAGGAGCUCCUCGCGCGGUUGGUCCCGGUGCUGCUCGAGGUACUCGGGCUGGUCGAGCUCGAGAUCCUGUAUCAAAUCGACGGCCAUGCGGAUAUACUGUGCAGACUGCUUGUUUCGGGGCCGCAGGUGGACAGGAUACCUGGUGUUUACAUUGUUUAGCGGUCAGUAUAAAAGGACCGGAUUUUGCUGAGACGCAUCUGGUAAGAUUGACACAGGAUUCUCUGAACUUGUUCUACACGCCUCAGUUCUACACUUCUAUCUCAUAUAUACAAACAUAAACACAUAAUAUUAGUAGAACAUAAAAAAAAAGAGACUCACCAAGCAGAAUAGACCAACAACCCAACAAGCAGCUCCACGCUCCUCUCCCCGCCGGCGACGAACUUGAGCCCCAG